CUCUCUCUCUCUCCCUCUCUCUCCAUCCACACCGGAGCUCUUCAGGCUACUUUGCGCAUGCACGUCCGGUCAAACCGAGCAUUGCAUCGACUCCAAGAUGGCGAAAACACGUCUGGCUUGCCUCCUGACUCUCCUCACAACUCACUGCUACUUCAGCGUGUUGGCAGUCGUCCUGAAAACGAACAACGAGUCGCCGUGGACCGACGAGUUUGACAAAAUCGAGUUAUCAUGUCUGAUUGAGUCCAUUUCUACAACCAACCCACGAAUUGAGUGGAAGAAGAUAACAAACGAGGGACCAAGUUAUGUGUACUUUGACAGGAAGAUCUCAGGUGACCUGGAGAACAGAGCGGUGAUCAGAGAACCCGCCACGUUAGUGAUAACCAACGCCACAAGAUCGGACACAGCGAAAUACCGCUGCGAGGUCACCGCCGCCGAAGACCAGAAGUCAUUCGACGAGAUCGUGAUCGACCUCGUCGUAAGAGUGAAGCCCGUGGUGCCGAAAUGCAGCGUCCCGAAAUCAGUGCCUUUUGGGAAGUCGGCUGAGCUGAGCUGCGUGGAGGACGAGGGCUUCCCCAAGUCUCAGUACCAGUGGUUCAAGAGCAGAGAGGAGAUUCCCACCGACCCAAAGACCAGCCACACAUUCUUCAACUCCUCAUACUUGCUCAACGCAGAGACAGGAACUCUGAAGUUCAUCUCAGUCAGAAAAGAAGAUGCAGGCGAGUACUUCUGUCGAGCGAAGAACGACGCGGGAUACGCCGAGUGUCCACCGCAGAUGAUGGAAGUCUACGAUAUCGAUGUCGUCGGGAUCGUCAUGGGCGUGCUGGUGGUGGUCGUAGUGCUCUUAAGUAUAACAGCGGGGAUCUGCUGUGCGUACAAGCGAGGCUUCUUCUCCAGCCAAAAACAGACGGGGAACAAUUACAAGGUUCCAGCUAAAGGAGACGGAGUGGACUACGUCAGGACGGAGGACGAGGGGGAUUUCCGACACAAGUCGUCAUUCGUUAUCUGAAAAGGGAGAAGACGACGAGGGGCAUUGUGCUGAGUGAAGGACAUGACAUGUGGGACUGCGCUCCACGCUGUCUGACCACGGAGCUGCCACGAGUUUCAUGCUCUGAGCUCUCAGCACGACUGAAAUCCAACGACAACUACUACAAGUUUGCCAAAGCGUCAGCCGGAAGAAUUUUGAACGCACCGCUGAUCCACCGCAACAUUCGAACCGAGUUAGGCCGUAACGCUGCAGAGCCCGCGGCCUGGUUGGAUGUAAGGUGGCAGCAGUGACGGAGGUCGUAACAUCUAACACCACAGUGAGAGACGGUUUCCAGGGUGUGCUCUGUAUUAGGAGCGGAAACUAACUUCAACUCAAGGAUAGCGGCGCUCCACUGAUCACUGAUCCACCACCGUUAAAACCGGUACAUCAUGGAAGAUCAACAUAGUUCUCUGAACCAAACUCUCGUACGGUAGAAUGUCCGUUAAGCGCCCGCUGAGGCUGUUUUUUGUUUCUUUUGUUCAUUUUAGAUCCACUCUAUUUGUGAUUAAUAAAACUCACUUCUAAUAGUACUGGAAA